AUGCUGUAUUCCCGCUCGACUCUGGAGUCAUUUUAUACGGUUCCAGAACCUAACUCAAACCCCAUUUCCAAUACCACCUCUUCCGAUUCCAAGAGGUUUUCACCUGGAAACAGCCAUGAACAACUAUUGCCCCCUAACACACAUCGCCGGGUGAUUUCAAACCCAUUCGAGAUCAUUUAUGAUCCAGAAGUAGCAUCUGUUGGUGCCCAAUUGCCAACUGAUACGAGGUCUCUUGAACGUCUCAAAUCACCAGGAUACUUGGAUAUAGAAAGAACAAUUGACCAAGGCCAUGCUCACCGACGAAAUCGAAGUAGUCAGAUAUUUUCGGCUGAACCAUCCCCAAAAAGCAAGACAUAUAAUGGAGAAGAAACGCUUACUCCUACCACCAGAAUACAGUCGACUCUGCCAGGUUCCAGGAUCCAAGAACACCCAGAAAUUCCACCAGUGGUCACGAUUAUCGGCGACCAGUCUAUCUUAAGACGAGGCAACUCUGUAAUCUCGUCUGGGGCUUCUUUAAGACACCGCAAUAGCAUUCGAAACCGUUCAAAAAUGGUUAAGAAAACCGAUUUGCAGCCAGUUGCUGCCGUUGAUAUCUCUCCACAAACUUCUCCCAAGAGACCAACGAGAAAACUUCGGUUCACCUUCCCUGUAAGACGCCAGAGAUCCUUGAAACGUAACCCCAAUUAUCAACCACUUUCAACUGCCGCUUCAAAAUUUGAAACUGCUCAUGAUUUGUACAGUUACUAUUUCAAUAACGAUGGCCCACGAAUGAUCAGAGAGCUUUUGCCACCAUCCAUGCUUAGCUUUGCAUACUCCAAAUUUGCCAGCAUAAAUCCUACCCUUCAUCUGAGUUUGCGUCGAACCAAAAUGGACAAUACUUUCACUUCCAUAUUCAUCGACGCAAACGACAAAACCCAAAUCUCGGCGCCUAUAGAAGGCACAUUCAAGAAAAACGAUAUCCCAAUUAUUAACGAUCCUGAAGUACAUUAUGACUUGUCUAGAGCAAUCUUUGACAAAUACAGAAAUGCAGUUUUUGCCAACAAGGUGAAAAAUCCAGCAACAUUUUAUGAUAUCUUUCCUGAGGAGGUUGAAAACUCAUUGGUGACUCCUGAGGAUGCAGAGUUCUUUACCACAAAACUAUAUCUCGAAGUUCUUUUGAGGAGAACCGUUGCUGCUAAGAUAAACUAUAGGUUGAAAGGAACCCGGAUGCGCAACUUCAACACUUCAUCAGAUUCAGCAUUUUCACAAGAUUCAGACUCAAAUGGCGAUGGGGGCAAUUUGAACAAACACGAAUCGCUUCCCAAGCUCAGCUCUGAUUCUGGAAAUUCUGAUUCUGAGUCGGUGAACACGGAUGACUUGAUGCAGCAGAAUGCCUCGUUGUAUUCUGGCCUUCUUCCUUCUCCGCAAAUCAGUUAUUCCAGUAAUAUUUUUGGCAGUGAUUUUGACUUGGCUCCAGCUCUUGAAAAGAGGAGCACUACCGCAAGUCCAAGAGCUAUACACAAUUUUGGGCACAAUGAUGAAAUACCGGAUAGAAACUUGUUCCAACAAGAUUCCUACAGACUCCAGCCUAUGAAUCGGUCAAUGGCAACACUCACUUCUACAGAUGAUUCUGUGACACCAGUUGACAUUGCAAGCACUGAUAAACUUCUGACCAUAGAUUCGGAAGUACGCAAUAGUUCUUCAUCUAAAGAAGGCUCUUCAAGAGAAUUAUCCUCUGAGGAAAAGCGGCGUAAAUCACUGUCGACAGCUCGCUUGUCUUUAUUGAACGACCUUGAUGGUCUUACGAGUGAGCUUUCAUCUUUUAUCAACGAAGAAGCUCUGGAACUUGGUCAAUCACCAGAUGACGAUCAGCUUCCCCCGAUCAAAACCAACCAGCGUAUACCACAAGUAAGCACAAAACAUGUGGAUGUAACUUCACAAAAGGCAUCUAUCUACGCUGCUUCUACAUGUACAAGUCCAUCCAAGAACCAUCAUGAAUCGGAUAUGGACUCUCAGUUCCUUGUUGCCAGGCGUGAAGAUAGCAUCUCCACAAGGUCAGCAGUAAGUACAGUCAAGCAUAAUUAA